UAUCUGGACAUAUAAGCCACAUAUCUAUUGGCUUAGUCCAUCUCCAUUCAACAUACCAAAAAAAAAAAAAGUUCAUAUGACCAAAGUGGCCAAUGAAUUAGUGAUUGCUCAUAUGAUCAAAGCUGAAAUAGCGUAGUGCUAGAAAUAUAGUUACUCUGGUUCAUCCUAAUUUGGGUUACUCAGGACUUAAUUCGAUACUGUGCGCAAUCUACCUGUCAUUAGCAUCGUUUUAUAUUUACUUUUCUUUUAUAUAGGUCUGUUUGGAAAUUUGUGCUCAUUCACAUAUGGACUUAUUUACCAUACCUUACACCACGGUCAGUCAAGGCACUAGUACGAAUAAGAACAGCUGUGACUGGUAUUUCUUCAGCUGGGACAUAUGGCCACAGCAGUACAUGUUCGACUCCUGUUACUAUUCGCGGACAGUUUAACCUUUGUGGAUAAUAACACUUUAGACGAUGGAAGCAGAAAAAAUGUUACUGUCGUAAUUUCAAAUAAUAGCUACAGACGAGAAGCAGCUUUAGAGACGGAUGAACCUAGGUCAAGCCUUCCGCAAAUAAAUGCACAGAGCCCUCCUACGUAUAUUGGUGACGAAUCUGAUGAGUCAGUAAUUGAAAUCUCUGACGAAGAAAAGGAUAACGAAGUGGUAGAAGCUAACAUAGGCACAGUUGCUAAAUCCUGUCAAAAAAACACUGCUCCGCAAACAACAUUCCAAAUUCUUAAGGAUAUAAAAGCUGGAAGCCUUAUGAGUAUAUCCUUCGAAAGCAAUAAAGAAAAUAGUUACGAUUCAAACAUUGAAGCGUUUGCAUUACCUUCCACAAUCUAGCUAAUCGCAUGCAAAACCAUUGCUACUUUGACUCGGUGAUGGUGUACCGCUACUGGGGUUUUCGUUACUUGUAAUUUUUGUUAGCUCCUCCGAUAAGCAAACGUUAUAGGGUAAUUCCGCUGGUAUGUGUUGUGGUGGACUUCGAUCGUGACCGAUUUUCAUAAUAACCGAUUGUGUGUGCAAUUGUUGUUGUUGUUAUUGUUGGGGUGUUACCAAUAAUUCAUUAGCCGCUAACGUACGUGGCGGUGUUAUGAGGGGUGUGGGAAAUCUUGAUUGCUGUUGCUACAUUUGUUCACUAUCUAUUCUAAACAACAAUUUAACGGUAUAUCUUGUUGACUGGAUGCGGCCUCAUAAAACACUUCCGGCCAAUAAUUAUCAUAGUAUGUUGGCGGUGUUACCGGCAAAUAGCUUUAAAAUGUCUCUUUAAUACUACAGACUUUGGAUGUCAGUUGUAUUAAUAAAGUUGGGUUUAUAACGUUUUUUUUUCCUUGCGUGCCUUCUGCUCUACUAAAGUGCCCGAUUUGAGUGGAAAGUCUAAGAGUGACUGUUCCAUUUAACCAUAAAGUGACUUACACACUACUUUCACAUGCGUAGAAACAUACGUACGCAUACACAUUUCAAUUUUUAUAACCUUAGAUAACAGUCGCUUAGUGAAAAUUUCGGGCCUUGAGUUAAUCUGUCUGGCCUCCUCAAUAUAUAUUUAUUUAUCUAUUUUUUUUGCGAUGACCUGCAGCCUCCAUAUAAUAAGAAUAUGCGUAAAAAUAUAAAUCUGUAAACGUGCCCCGUUCCACAAAUACAAUCAAAUAAAAAGAAAUACUCGGUAAACUCGUAGCAAAUAUUUAUGUGCACACAUAUGCAUGUACAUACAUACAUAACAUAUAGACAUUUUUAUUACUAUUAGGUAGGGGGAAUAAACCGUUACUGUAAAUAAAGAAGAAAAUUUAGAUACUAAACAACCACAAAUAACUUUCGUAUCAAAAAAGUAUCCCGGCGACGUUCUGAAAGUUACAUUAA